GCAAGAUGCGUUCGUCCGGGGACCGAGACAUGUGAUUGGAUGGUCAUGGCGAUGUAAAUGCAGGCAUACGCGCCCCACUGCUCGUAGCUGCUUGGUCGUCACACCAGUUGUAGUGACGCAUCGCGACGCACUGCUACGGUACACGAACGCUUUGCGACGCAUUAGAGCUGUACACCCAACAAUUGCAUUCCCACACCACAUCAAUGGACGGCUACGCCGCCCAACAGCGCGAAUUCGACUGGUUGUGCGAGCCGUCCGUGAUGACCCGGGCGCUGCGGGAGCUGCGCAUCGGCUGCGACGCAGGACUCGCUGUCGAUGUCGGGUGUGGCACCUCGUCGGGCAUGGCGGCGGCGCUGCGCGAGGACCUCGGAGCACGAGCUGUCCUCUGCCUCGACAAAGAAGCCGCGGCGAUUGAAUUCCUGCGGCGCGAAGGCGUGAAUGCGAGGGUAUGCGACGUCGCUAAUGAUCCCGACGCUGUCGUCGCGCCAGGCUCGGUAGAUUUAGUGGUCGACAAGUCCGCGCUCGAUUGCAUUCUGUGCUCGGACGGCGUGGGAUGUUAUUUGAGGGGUGUCUACACGAUGCUGAGGCCGGGCGGUUCCUACGCGAUCGCGUCCUUCCGGACGGAAGACGAGCUGCGGCGGAUCUUUGGCGGCGCCUGGCGAAUUAUCGAGGUCGUCGCGCUGACCCCACGCUGCCGACUCAUCGUCCUCGCCAAGGACUCGGGCGACGACAUGUUAGCGCCACGGGUCGUCACACCGGACGCCACGCCUCGGGAUCGCUUCCCGCUGGCCGUCGAAGAGGCGUACGAAGUGAUGUUUAGCGCCGAGGAACGCAAGUGGUACUCACUCAUCGAUUUCCGCGGCGACCUGAUUGGUGUGUUUGAAAUGCGCGCGGCCGACCCGAGAUUUGAACUCUCCGCGCACGACGCCGAACUAUUUAUGCGGCGGAUGGGGUGAUCUUAACGUAACAAGUUGUG